UUCGCCCACUUUGUCCACACCUUUGGGAACCCCUGGACCUGCUGGGGUUGGACCCCAACAUCUGAGCUGCCAAGGGCAGUAGUCCUCCAGCUACAUUGAUUGGCUGCAGGUGGGCAGUGGAGCUCCUCUAGGCACCCACCUCUGUAGCUAAGGACCUCACAGGACACCAGGGGCUGACCGUAAUUGACAGAGAAAUGGCAGGUGAAGGAGCUGUGGCAAAACUCCAGACUGAAAUCAACGGUCCCAUCUGCCUGGAUAACCUGAGAGACCCUGUCACCAUCAAAUGUGGGCACAACUUCUGUCGCUCCUGCAUCGAGAGGUCCUGGGCUGAUGUGCAGGACAGGUUCCCUUGCCCUGUGUGCCGUCACCCAUGCAAAGAGAGGCACCUGUGGAGCAACACCCAGCUGGAAAGGAUGGUUGACAUGGCCAAGCUCCUCCAGAUCACAGAGGCCAAGAUGAAGCAGCAGGAAGAGAGGCGCUUGUGUGAGAAGCACAGCCAGGCCCUGACCCUCUUCUGCGAGGAGGACCUAAAGUUGUUGUGUCCCCUGUGCACUCAGCCCCCUGACCACCAGGGCCACCACGUGAGGCCCAUGGAGGAGGCUGCCUCUCAUCACAGGCAAAAGCUCAGGAGUUACAUUGAGCCCCUGAAGGAGCAGCUGGCAGACCUUCAGAAACUAUUAGCCACUCAAGACAGGCAACAAUCAGAACUGAGAGAAAAGGUGGAAAAGCAGAGAGCAAAGUUAGCCUCUGAAUAUGGGAGUGUGAUGGCAUCCAUAGAGUGUGAGCAAGCGGCAGUUCUCUCAAGGCUAGCUGCACGAGAGCAGCACAUUCUACGGAAUCUCACUGCAAACGAAGCUGCAUUUUCAGACCACAUUUCCAAACUUAGAGUUCUGCGAAAGGAGAUGGCAGAGACGAGUGUGGUGUCAGAUGUGAAACUGCUGAUGAACAUCAAGGGUGUCCUCCACCGUUGUGAUAACCUAGAACCUCCAGAUUUCUAUUGCGUCAAGUAUAAGAGAGAAGAAUUCAGUCUUCCUCCACAGUGUUCGGCCCUGCUGCAAAUCACGCAGACAUUUAGAGAAGAAGUUACUCUGGAUCCCGAAACUGCACAUGCUCAUCUGCUUGUGUCUGAGGAUAAAAAGUCUGUGACAUUUGUGAGGAAAAAGCAAGGAAUUCAUCGGAAUCCAAAGGGAUUUGCAGACGACGCAGUUGUCCUGGGCUCUGAAGGGUUUGACUGUGGCCGACAUUACUGGGAGGUCCAGGUGGAUGACAAGGCUGGGUGGGCCGUGGGGGUCUGUAGAGACUCCCUUUCCAAGGAGAGAAAGCAGCCCCUGCUCAGACGGGAGAAGAGAUGUUGGGCGAUUCAGCUGCAGGACGGUGACUAUGUGGCUCGAGGGCCUGUUCCUGUCACCCUUGUGCUGCAGGAAAGGCCCAGAGGGAUGGGCAUCUACCUGGACUAGGAGAUGGGUCACGUUUCCUUUUACAGUUUGAAUGACAUGUCUCACAUCCAUUCCUUCAGGGAUACAUUUUCUGAGGUGCUAGAGCCUUACUUCUAUGUCGGGUGUGAUCCCAAACCUCUUACCAUCCGUGCUUUAAGAGAUUAGGAAGGAUGAACUGUUACUUUGGUUCAUUUUCUUCCUGUGACUUAUAGGCAGUAGGUAGAAUUUUUUAAAUGAUAAUUUUAUUGUUACUUUAUUUUUAAAUAUAUUUUUAUAGAUGUCAGAGGGAAGGAAGAGGGAAAGGGAAAGAAACAUCAGUGAUGAGAGAGAAUCAUUGAUUGGCUGCCUCCUGCACACUCUGGAUCCAGCUCCCAACCGAGGCAUGUGCUUUUAACUGAAUUGAACCCAGAAUCCUUCAGUCCACAGGAUGAAGCUCUAGCCAU